AUGAGAAACAUACAGAAUAUUGCUGUGGUCUUUGCAGGGCUUUUUGUUUAUUGUGAAGGUACCAUAUCCUCGAGAUGUUUGCGGUGUAUAUGCGAAGUUGAAUCAGGGUGCAAAGCGAUAGGAUGCAACUGGGACGUGAAUUCAGAAUCAUGUGGAUAUUACCAAAUUAAACAAAAUUAUUGGAUCGACUGUAAACGUCCAGGAUCAUCUCUCAGCUGGUGUGGUGACAAUUCAACCUGCUCUACUAACUGUGUGAAAAACUAUAUGAGUCGUUACAUCAAGUCAAAUGGCUGUACUGCAAACUGCGAGAGUUAUGCCAGAAUGCACAAUGGUGGUCCAAAAGCUUGUGAUCCUAAUCAUUACAUGCAUGGUAGAACCAACAACUACUGGAGAAAAGUUCAAGCGAAAGGUUGCAAUUCCAGUAGCUAA